CACGGUUACUUUUAUUUGACGGUAGCGGAAGUCUGCCUAUUCUAAUGUAUCAACCUGAGGCUGGCAGUAAUGGCGCUGCCUGUGAAUAUCAGCGUACUUCUGCAGUCAGACAUAAUAGAAGAUUCUCUCUACAAAGAUGAAGGCGUAUGUAUAUUGGGUAUAUUUGGAAAAAGUGCCGUGCAAACAGGAUGUGUCAAGGAGUCUCUUAUAAACAUCUUGUCAGACAAGCAUGUCUUUACCCUAUAUGGGACAGGGCAGUCGGACAAUCUUGAAGAACGUAGCUCUAUCAAGGCAUAUUAUAACCAGGAGAACCGUGUGUUGUAUUUGGUACUGACAUCCAUUUUCGAUAACCGACAACUUCUCCGGGCGUGUGAGUCUUUAACUUCGGGUAUAGGUCACGCCGAAGCGCAUGAAUUUUGGAAAGGAGCAGAGAAGGAGCACUGCUUUCAGCUGCUCUAUCUUUUCUCUUUAUGCCACAUUUUGCUGUUGGUUCAUCCUACCUGCUCGUUCGACGUGACAUAUGAUCGGCUGUUCCGCGCCUUGGACGCACUGCGCCAGAAAACUUUACCUUUACUUCGUGGUGCCAUAAAGGAUUGCCCAGUGUCAAAGGAAUGGAAGUUGAACUGCCGGCCCAGUCCUCCUCGUCUUCUGUUUGUGUUCCAGAUGAACGGAGCACUGAGGGUCAGUGCAUCUGGACUUGCUGCAAAUGGCAAUGAUGGUACAGGAGUAGACAAGCCUAAGAAACACUCUCCGAGGAGGCGUCUACAACAUGCAUUAGAAGAUCAGAUCUACCGAAUAUUCCGCAAGAGCAGAGUUCUCACCAACCAAAGCAGCAACUGUUUGUUCACCGUGCCUGCAAAUCAAGCAUUUGUGUAUGUUGUUCCUGGACCAGAAGAAGACCCGAUUGGUUCCCUGCUUGAGCAGUUGCGGGCAAACUGUGUGCUUCGUGAGUGUGACCCUGGUACAACUGCCCCUGGGCAAAGGCGAUACCAACAGAUGCGCUACUCUAACAGGCAUUCCUCAUCUAAUAUGGAGAAUAGUGGUCUCACUUCAUCAGUAGGUCAGUUAGUGGACUGUACUCUGAAGGAGUUUCUUUGGCAGCAUGUAGAACUUGUGCUGAGCAAGAAAGGUUUUGAUGACAGCGUGGGCCGUAACCCACAGCCAUCUCACUUCGAGUUACCCACCUACUCCAAGUGGACUUGUGUCGCAUCCAAGUUGUAUCAAGUAUUGAUAGAGAACAGCGAAGACGACUUAGCAGAACUUUUCCUUAAAGUCCAAAGUCAGCUCAAGGUUCUCGAAAGUGUCCUGGAUGCAGAUGCAAAAUUCUCAGAAAACAGGUGUCAAAAAGCAUUGCCACUAGCUCACAGUGCAUAUCAAUCCAACCUGCCACACAACUAUACCACUACAGUGCAUAAGAACCAGCUAGCUCAGGCGCUGCGGGUCUACAGUCAGCAUGCCAGGGGAGUAGCCUUCCAGCGCUAUGCCUUACAACUCCAUGAGGAUUGUUACAAAUUCUGGAGUAAUGGACACCAACUGUGUGAGGAGCGAAGCCUCACUGAUCAGCACUGUGUGCACAAGUUUCACUUAUUGCCUAAACCAGGAGAGAAACCUGAGGUGGAUCACAACCCCCCUAUUCUUUAUCACAACAGCAGAGGGCGCUCAACAAGUUCCUGUAAUUGCGGCAGAAAGCAAGCACCUCGAGAAGACCCAUUUGACAUCCAGACUGCUAACUACGACUUCUAUUUAAUGCUUGAGGAAAAGUGUUGUAGCAAAGUGGAGAGGAUAAACUUCCCAGUAUUCCAGGCAAGCACUUCAGACCCAGCACCAGCCUGUGACGAUGCAACCAGACCACAAGAAGUGUCAGCAUCUGAUGUUGAACAUAUCAAGGAAAAAGAGAAUGUGACACACACUCCUGGGGAUAGCACAAGUCUAAGCCUUGCUCUAAGCCUUGGCCAAUCCACUGACAGCCUGGGUGCUUAUGCUGAUGGAGCAGAAGGCCAUGAGAAGAGGCAGAGUGUUGACAGGCAGGCCUCCACUGUGGAGUAUCUACCUGGCAUGCUCCACUCUGGGUGUCCUAAAGGGCUUCUUCCUAAAUUCUCCAGUUGGUCACUGGUCAAACUUGGGCCUGCUAAGUCUUAUAACACCCUUGCUGGUUUAGAGCAACCAGGUUUCCUGCCUGGCUCAGCAUUUCUGCUGCCAUGGGACUUGGUGGUCCGAAGUCGCUCAGAGGAUGAUGCUAGCUCCACGGAACUUGAUGGUGGAGCCUCGUCAUGGCCAGCUCCCAAUAAAGUGCCUGCAGGGAAACGUGGCUCUAUAGGAAUCGGACGUGGCCGAAGGCGUGAUGAUGUCUCGCGUGUGUAUGUGGGCUUUGAGUAUGAGGACAGCAGGGGUCGCCGUUUUCUCAGCUCUGGUCCAGACAAAGUAGUAAAGGUUCUUGGGCAGGGAGGGCCUAAAGAGCCAGCAACUCGAGCCCUGAACUCAGACAUGCCCUUGUACAUUCCAUCUCCUGCCCAGGGUAGAGGAAUCAAGCCUCACUAUGCUCAGCUGGCUCGCCUCUUUGUUGUGGUUCCUGAUGGGCCUAUUGAGAUUGUGCUAAACCCACAGGUUCAACCAGGCCCCCCUCCUUGUCCCAUUUUCCAUCCUGAGCAGCCAGAGGUUGUGCUGCCCCCUGAUGGACUGUGGGUGCUACGAUUUCCCUAUGCCUACGUGACAGACAGUGGACCAUGCUAUCCACCAAAAGAGAAUCAACCACUGGCUAGCUUUCGUGUCCUAAAGGGCAUUUUGCGUGCCAAUACUGCUUAUUCUACAGCUCAGUGAUAGCGUUUAAAUGUGAGAUCGGUUUCAUAGCAAGGCUGUAAAGCUUUUAUUUAUGUUCUGGCAUUUCAUGCUCCGUUGUAGGAAUUUGUUUAUUAAAAGCAGUUUCAGAAAUGCCAGCUGUUCAGAAUAAAAGUUAUAAAAGUUGUAAGUUGUAAUUGUUUCAAUAAAUGUAAACUCUUAUGAACUGUUUUA